AUACCAAACUUUAUGGAAAUGAACAUGUUAAAAAUAUUCAUCCAAACUGUGGGCGUGUAGCUUUAGAUAUUUGUGUAGUACGAAUGUAAACAUACAUACACUCUGGGGAGGUAACGCACGUAAACACAUUCACAUUGACACCGUUUGUUAAAAUCGAAACAAGAAGGAAAAAUAAUGGCAGAAGGAGGGGAUUUACCAUCAUUAAAAGACGGUUCAGAUGCUGACUUUGAGUUGACUUGCACACCUUGCGAAGAAGGCAACAUUAGGGAAGAGGCUGUCAAAUAUUGCCCAGAAUGUCAAGAAUAUCUCUGUACAGCGUGUACAAUGCAUCAUGGUCGGCAAAAGGCAACACGAACACACAAGCUUCUUGAAAGAGAUGAGGCCAAAAAAGGUUCUUUGGUUGCUAAGACAAAAUGUCAUUACCAUCCGGACCGAGAAAUAGAAAUGUAUUGCGGAAAACACGAUAUGGUUUACUGUGUCAUGUGUAUAGCCACAGAACAUAGAUUAUGUGAGGGCGUAAAAGAAUAGAGGACGAGUCAAAAUCUCUUGUCGAUCAAACUGAAAUUAGUCACGUGUUAGAUGAAACCAGAAAUGCAACAGACCGCAUAGAGGCCUUGAUCGUUAAACAACAGAGAAAUAAAACAUCUCUUGAGGAGAAACGGAAUGACAUUGAAGAUAAGCUUGAGAAAGAUGAAAUACGAUUGAUAGAACAUAUCAGAAAACUAAAAAGGAAGACAUCUGAAUCUUUGGACAAAAGUUAUGUAGAUAUGAAUGGAGAACUUGAGUCUGAAAUCAGCGUAUCUACUAACAUGAUACAAAACCUGAAGAAGACUUCAGAACAACUGCAGUCAGUUGCCGGUAUGGAUGCAGUUCAACAGUUCGUUCAAAUGAAACUAAUGAAGAAGACUGUAACUGAAGCCAAUAAGCUACAUGCUGAUGUUGAGACCAAUGGUACAAAGUCAGUCUGUUUUACGGAAAACACCGAUUUCAUAACUUCCGUGAUGAGCGCAAAUACUUUUGGAGAAGUGCGAACAGAGGCUGAAGAGAAGAAACCAUCCAAACCAAUACAGUACAAAAUGAAAUCAAAGGAAGAGAUCAAUGUGAGAAUAUCAAAUGAUAAAUCAAGGUGUGCAAUAUCUGAUGUUUGCCAGCUUCCAGAUGGUAUGGUCUUGUUGACUGACCAAUGUAAUAACAAGGUUAAAAGACUGGACAUGAACUACUGUAUUAAGGACUAUUGUGACCUAGAUGAGUUGCCAAAAGGCAUUUGUUGUAUCGAUAAGAAUGAAGUAGCUGUGAAAUUGUUCAACAACAAACUUCAGUUCAUAUCUGUUGGCUCGACCUUGUCUAAAACAAGUUGCAUAACAAUAAAGGGUGGUGGUAAUUAUGGAAUGGCCUUAUAUGCUGGAGAGUUAUGGAUAUCUUCAGGUGAUGGUGUUAACGUGUACAAUACUACAGGAACACUUAUUAAAUCCAUCGACAAAGAUCAGACUGGCAAGGCGAUAUUUAAGUCAACCACUAAUCAUAUGACUGUUAGUAGUAACAACAUAAUCGUUGCAGAUUGGAGUGAUGGUGCCGUCUGUCUAAAGAAGGAUGCAAAGGUUAUGAUGGAACUACGAGAUAAACGAUUGAGAGGCACACUUGGUGUCUGUGCGUCUGAUAGUGGAACCGUGUUCCUUUGCGGAUAUAACUCCAACAAUAUUGUGAUGUUCAGCAGUGAUGGGAAAUGUCUUGGAGAAUUGAUAGCUGCAGACGCUGGCUUGAAAAAGCCAAUGAGUUUAUGUUAUGAUAGCAACAAACAUUGUAUAAUCAUUACAUGCUGUAUGUCUGAUUUUAUUUACGUUAUUGACCUCGGUGAAUAAAAACAAAUUGUUGUAUCAAAAGGUAUAUCACAGAGCCUGAGAGACUUUUACAAACGAUUGUAUAUGCAUAUUUGAUUAGCGUUAUUCAUGUUAUUGUCUUUGCUGAAUAAAACGUUACUGCACUGUUCCAGUAACGUUAUCACAGACACCCUUAUAAACGGCUUUUUGUACAUGUUCUAUUUGAUUAGUUUGACUUUUUAGUUAAUCGAAAGAUGUUUAUCAUUUUAAAUACUAUAUUUAUUCUCACA